GCUCUGAUGGCGGCGGGGCUGGCGGAGGGUCGCACCGAGGAGGGAGAGCGAGGAGGCGGGGAACCGGAGAAGCAGAGAGAGGAGGCCCCGGCGGUACCGAGCACCACAUUACUCCCAGUAAUCACACCGACAACAGCAGCAGCGAGGCCCGCAGGCUGACAGAGAGGAGGACGGACGGAUGGAUGGAGCGUUCAGGACCUCCUAUUGGCCGUCAUCCCGUCUCGCUCCACCGGCCCGUACUCUACUACAGCUGCAGUACUCGUAGUGUUUCACAGUCAGCACUCUUACAGUACUGUUUGCUAGCAGAGGUGCAGUGAAACAUCAGAGAGGUGACCUGUGAAGCAGCGUGGGGGGGCGGGGGUGGGGCUCUGCCAACCUUCCCACAGCAGCUUUGAACACACCUCCAGUUGUGUAUCAAUGCAUUUUGGUGCUAACGGACUGGGCACGACUUCAUUAGCUCGUUAGCUUGAGUUUAGCGGGGGCUUCUCGAGCAUGAUGCUUCAGAUUCUGGGCCCCUGACUCCUCCACGUGGUCUCCAGGUGAUGAGCUCAAUAGUUUGUUGUGAGAAAAAUGAAACUGCUCCACUAGCAGCUGCUUCAACGUGAAAUUCUCUCAGCUGCAGCACAAACACAACGAGCGUUUCACCUGCUCUGAAAAUGUAGAUUAGCUUUAUUUUGAAGCUACUUGCAGUUAGCAGCUAACAGCUAGCGCAGCCGUUCGAUCCGAAGCAAACAGAGAUAAAAUUCAGUUUGAAAAUAAAUGACCUAAAAAUGUAGUUGGACUCCGACCUGGUUUACGUGUUUGGCAAGCUAACAGCUUGUUAGCUGCUAGUGGCUAGUGGCGAGCAGGUAGCGGUGGCGCGGAGCUAGGUCCGGGCAGAGCAGGGGUGCGAUGGAGUACCACUCCGGUGGCAGCCUGCCCCUGCUGGGGAGACCACGGUACUGCCCCGGGGCCAAUGCUAACGGAGGAUACCUGUGUGAGACGGGACACUGCUGCGGAGAGACCGGCUGCUGCACCUACUACUACGAACUCUGGUGGUUCUGGCUGCUGUGGACCGUCCUCAUCCUGUUCAGCUGCUGCUGCGCGUACCGACACCGCCGAGCCAAACUGAGGGUUCAGCAGCAGCAGAGGCAGCGAGAGAUCAGCCUGCUGGCCUACCAUGGAGCCAACUCCUACCCGUCCUCCAUGCUGGACCUCAGUUUCCUGGCAUCGCUGAAGCUGCCGUCCUACGAGGAGGUGGCGGCUCAACCCUCCACCCCUCCUCCACCGUACAGCUCCGUGUUCACCACCCCACGUUACCCGCAGCCCCCACGUACCACCGACCCCCACCUGCUCACGCAGCAUGACCCGCUGUUGCACCGGCCGCUCAGUGAUGGUCCCUCCUCCCUCAGCUCCGACAACAGCUCCAGCUGUUCCUGCGACUCCUGCUGCCCCUCCUCUCCAUGUAGCUCCUCCUUAUCGGCACCCGUCACAUAUGAGACUGACACAAGCCACGCCACCACGCCCAGUGAGGCCGCACCCCUCACUCUUGAUGUCACUAUGGAGACCAUCACUGCAGCGGCAACCUGUUUGGAGGUAAAUGAGAGACGAUUUGUUUCUGAGAGGAUGGUUGCCUCAGCGGCGGUUGACAUCGGUGAUGAAGAUGCUGCCGGAGCAGAGGAAACUGUUGCCACGGACUCAUCGGUUCCCAACCAGGCUGUUACUGUUGUGGUUGUUACCAGGGCGGUCUCCCCUCAGCCUCUGCCUUCUCCCGGUUCAGAGGUGGCUCUUCCUGUUGCAAUUACAUCUCCCAUAAAGCAACACCUCGACUUGGCACCGUGUACCCCAAUAGUCAGCACAGGUAGCCCAAGUACACUCCCUAGUCCGAGUGUUGUUGACACCACACUCCCUUCCAUCCAAGUAAUGAGCACUGAGGGUCCCGAAACUACCCCUGACCCCAAAACCACCUCAGUGUCAGGCCCCUCUACCCCAACAGCUAGCACUUCUGACCGCCCGACAGCCACCCAGACCCUCAAAACCCUCGAUCUACCAAGAACUUUUGGAACAGUCAGUGUUCCAAGUAGCCCAACCUCGGUACCAACCCCAGAUGUUGGAAGAACUUUGGUCCCGAUAACAGGCUCUUCUAGUCUCCCAACCCCAGACCCAAGUUCUAGCCUUGUGCCAAUCUUGGCACCUUCAGACUUUAUCCAAGCACCAGCCCCAGUAUCUUCAAGUCUUUCCCAAGCUCCAGCCAUAGUACCUACAAACUCUACCCAAGUUCCAGAGCCAGUACCCACAGACCUUAGCCCCUUUCCAGACCCAGUACUUACAAACCUUACCCAAGCUCCAGACCCAUUACCCUCAACCCUUACCCUUGUGCCAAACCUAAAACCCACAAUCACUGUAGUGCCAGAGUGUGAAACGAAUCCAGUUCUUAAACCUGCACAUUCAAACCUUGCCCUUGCUACAGAUGCACCUACAUCAGACCAUUGUCAGAUUCAAAAAGUGUCACCUGGGUCAGGUCUAGCCCUGAUUCCACCGAGCCCAACAUUGGGCUUGCCUCACCACCAAGGGUCUGUUGCUGUUCUUGUAGCUGGUCUCGAUCCAGCCACAGCACCAGCCGAUCCCGUUCCUUCUCUGAUCCUGUCUCAAUCGCCAGAGUCAGAUCUUAUCAGUCCAUUACCAUCAAAUGUCCAGGCUGGUUUGGGAACCGGAUCAGGUCCACUAUCCACUCCUGCCGCAGUGUUCACUUUGCCAACACCUGCAUCCUCCCCGUCCUCCUGCCCAGCUAUAACCAUAGACCCUGAAUCUUCUUUCACUCCCUCCCCCCCUGCAGCCCUCUCCCCAUCCUCGCCUCAGUCCCUUCCUUCUCCUCCUUCCCUCCCAACUCCUCCAGCCCUGUCUUCUACUUCCCUCCCAGCCCCAGCUUUACUCCUGGACCCCCUCACUGCUCUGCACCAGUCCAACAAAGGGGGAUCUUCUUCUGGCCACACCUCCUCUCUCUCCCCCUCCCCUCGUGCUACUCAGUCCCCUCCGAAACAGACUCUCUUCUCCCCCUGCGUGGACAUCUUUGAACCAGGACCUCCCAGCUGGGAGGAUGGUGAUGAGGAACAGGAGGAUGAGGACAAUGAUGAUGAUGAUGAUGAGGACAUGGGAGCCGAUGAGAGCCAGUAUAGACAUCGGCGACUUACUGGUGACUCCGGCAUCGAGGUGUGCAGGUGUCGGGUGGAGGAGGAAGAUGAGGAAGAGGAGGAGAAAGAGGAGGAGGGGGAAAAGAAGGAGGGUGGCAGGAGAGGAGGAGGAUCGGAGAGGGAUAAAAAAGGAGGUGGAAACACUGAUCUCCAUGACAGCGUAGACUGCCCCGCCAGAGGUCAGAUAACCACAGGUGAAGGACUCAUAUUGUGUAACUCCACCUCCACCGCUACGCCAACGUCUCAGGACAGUGGUGACGUCGUUAUCGUCAUGGAGACAGUGUGAUUGACAGAAGUGGUCGGAUCAAACCCUCCAUCAUCCAGACACGGGAUGAAGUUCUGAUGGCAUCCACCCUUGAGAUUGUUUUUGAGAUUGUUCUGUAACCGGGGAGGUUUUGACGAUUGUGAUUAGGAAUCAGUUGCGUCACAUUAAUAAACGUCGCUUGUUCAGCAUCUGUUUGUCAGACCAGCAUAGGUGUCGCAUGUUAGGAAGAGAUUCAACAGGAAGCAUUAGCUCAUUUCAACAAAGGGUCUUCAACUAUGAUUUGGAAUUUUACUCAAAUGUGGUUCAGAAGUUUCUGCAUGGAGAGGCGUUCACUCCGAUCGCAUCCAGAGCUAUAAAAACUUAACAAGUACAGAACUGGUGUCAGCAGUUUGUAAAGUGUCAGGAUUAGGACGCCUGAUUUCCAUUUUGAUCCCAACAAACGUUUUACAGUUUACACAAUUAAGUUAGCGAUCCACCCUCAAGUAACUUUGGAGAGAUGUUUAUGAAGCAGUGGCUGUGAACCAAGAGCUAGCUGAAGCAACUUGUUGUGUUGUGUCUGUACAACUGUUCAGUCGUGUCCUCAGUCAGAGUGAACAGUCUAACAAGGUCGAUUUAUCUGUUGACAUUUACAUGACACAGUCAACGGUCUCAUCUUUUGCUCAAAUUAGUUGGCGCUAAGGUCCAGCCGGUCAAAGAAACCUCGUUGUGCUUCUCAACAAAACUCAUUGCCUGUCCUCAAAGAUACACACGAAUGUAUUAAUUCACUUCUGUCUUCAUGAAAGACUGCCAGCGUUACUUUAGAGGUGGACUCCACCAAUUUCACACAUAUUUUUGACCCGACACCUGUGUUACCAACAGGUGCAUUUACCCGGCACGAAGGGUCUCAUAAAAGAUGCUGUUUAAGUGGAGUUAUAAGAGGUGUCAGAUCCAGUGUACUGGGAGUUUGACCCAUACUAUAAACUAAAACCUCGGCCUUCAUGUGACUUCAUUAUUGUUUAAAUGGGUGUCCCGCAAAUUUUUUGCGCACUGAAAAAACUUAAAAACUGCAUUGUUUACGUAGAGGAAUUGAGAUUACAUUUCGAGAGUGGUCAAGACAACAUCUGCGGGACACCACUGGAUGACCUGUGCACUUUAUAUCUUCAGUGUAUCCUGCAGUGUGGGACUCGCACUUGUCUGGUGUUGACCUCGACUUGAUCUCAACCCUUCAAAACUUGGUCUUGUCUCGGUCUCGAUACACUCUGGUCUUGGUCAUGACUUGGUCUUGCUAAAGGUUGUCUUGACUACAAUGCUGCAACUAGCCAUCAGGCCUAUUUAGCCAACUUAAUAAAUGUUAACAUCAACAUGCAAAUGCUAGCUUCCACCUGCUACUGUAUGUUGAAUAUUCCUGAAAGAUUUUAAUAACUGCACAGUGGUGGUUAGCUGAACAGAUGCUAUGGCUAGCUAACACUUUCUGCUUUCUUAACACAAAAUCAAUGAGGACUUGAUUAGCUCUUGAUCAAAGUAGACAAUAAUUGCCCAUUCAGUUAUUCACUGUUCAAUUCUGUUUAAAAAUACACAAAUGCAGCUAGCAUCAUCUUUAUAAACAGAUAUCUGCAUAUGUAUGCAGAAUCUGUCGACAACGUGGCAAGAUUUUAGUAUCAGAAGCGUUGUGGUUUUAGUUUGUAGUCCGAGUAGAAUUGACCAAACACAUUUGAGCGUCAGGUAAAAAGUCUUUGUGGAGAGGCAUUUGCCGAAAUGCAAUUAGUUAUCGUCUGAUAGCUGAUUUAGCUUUUGCUAGCUUUAAAAAACAAAAUGCAUCUGCACUCAUAUGCAGGUAUCGGUUUACAGAGAUCACCUGAAACAAUUAGUGCACAGAAGAAAAGUAUUGGCUCAGAUAUCUGCUCGCUACACCGGAUCUCCUGAAAUAUUUCUGUUGCCCUCAGACUCUUGUCGUCGUCAGACCAAUAUCUGACGGGUUUUCAGAUCGAGAUAUCCAAAAAGCUAAUGUGGCGUAACGUUUAUGUCAUACGGGAAUAUCGACAAUUAUCCAAUACUGAUUUAGAGCUCACAUCAGCAUCUGAGUUGUGGUUACAACUGGGAGUGCCAGACAUCGUUAAAGGUAAUUAAAUAAUAAUUUAAGAGAUGUAAUGUUGCAUGUUCACCCAGGCUAAUUUUUAACCCCCACGCAACCAGUUCUUAAAUUAUAAAACCGUCUUGAUUGGUCCAAUGACGUUAAUGCUCAUGAGUCGGAAACAUGAGAAUCUUUCCCUUUGCUACGUUCUGUCGCCGGAGCGUGCACAAUGCUGCUGACAGAAAUGACAUUUUCUUUCUUACGUCCGUCACCAGCAAGAAAAGAAGUACUUUAAAUAGUUGAACAUUUAGGAGAGGACACCUCGCUUGUCUUGGGUGAUGACGGAGGUUUGGAAACGUGCCGGGGACAAACUGGCUGUUUUGGACUCUAAGAGUGACUGAUGUGGGCGGGUGAUUCACUCUGACUGACAGAGGGAAGACUGAUUCAUUCAUGAGAGGGGACGUUUGAAGUCUGUCAGGAGAGCGGAAUUAGGUGGGUAGUCUCUGAGGUGGGAGAGACGGUUUCUCAGAUCUGAUCCUGUAUGGAGGGCUUCAGGGUUGAUGGAUCAGUUGGUUUUCUGUGCGUCAGACUUUCAGCAGAGAAAAGCUUUUGCAUAACGGGGAAUAAACAAUGGGCACUUUUAGACAGAAACAAAGCGCCAAACAAGAGACGGCAGCACGUCAUCGUUCCCGUCUUUGUCUCUUUCCCUGAAUUUGAGGUCAGAUACAACAAUUCGUUGUGAACAGCACACAAUCUAGGUUCAGUCUUAACUCUGAAAUAUUCCCUUCACUUUGUGCAUCUCUCCUUUCAUAGACACAUUCAGAACCAGUAAUUCUACUGGUUAAUGAAUUGAUCGAUUAAUAGACUAUGUUUACAAAAUUCACCCAACACCUUGAGCUGUUUUAGGGCCUUAAAGUGACAGUAACAUCAAUCCUAUCAAAGAAUUGAACAACAAGUAAUUCAGGAUUUAUUUUCAGGCCAUUGUUCCAACAUAUUCAUUUUUUGUACACUGUCAGAAAGACGGACGUGUCGAUAUUGAUAUUUUGUGACAGAAAGAGUAUAUUUUGUCAAUGAUAGCGCUACUAACGUGUGUGUAGUACAUGCUGGUGUGUUUGAAGUCACCUUAGAAUAUGUAAUUAGUGAAGAGCAAUAUUUUUCAUCAGCAAGUGUCUGUGUAUAAAUAGAAAGAGUGCAGUGACAUCAGAUUGUACCGCAACGUGGGAACGUUUAUUCUUGUCUUUGAAAGUAAAGACACAGGCAAUAUAAUCUGUGUUCCCUGUGUAACUACGGCAACCGCCGCGGUCACCUGAUGAUUGUGUGAGUCAUGGGUAUCAUUGACUCAACCCUCUCUGACGUAAAGACGUAUGAGUCUGGUUGAAUGAUCCCUAAAGCCUGUGUCCAUGUUGCAUUACAACACGGACUUCACCACCCAUUUGUUGCAAAGGAUGAUGGGUAUCAUUUUGCUGACAGAGCUGCCCGUAGCAUGGACAGAGCUAUGCCAUGAAGAAGGCGUGGCUUGACUACAAUGAUGGCAACAGAGUGGACAGUUUCCAUGUCAAACUCUGAUUGGUUGGAUGUUUUCCGGAAGUCUUGGUCGUCAGUUUGGAAACCAGCAUGCACAAGAUUGGAUUCACACAUGGAUGGAAAAAGGAAAAUUGUUUUUUAAACCUUUUAUGGCAAAAUUCACAGGUACAGGAAGGAGCAGAUGUGGAGUUCGGACAGCUCAAGCAGAUUCCAUGAUGGCGUCCGUGAUUCGUCUCAGACUGAGAUCGAAAAGACACCUUGUCCAAUUGAACCCAGGACAGAUCUGCGCCUGUGGACUGAGGUGUAAGCGUUCGUAGAGGCUCGAAGGACCUCCUCGAGAAAGCUCAAGGGUGAUACCGAGCCGUUGAUGUUGUGGUUGAUGGUGUUUUUUGUUUACCUGAACUAAUAAGGUUAUAUAUCUCCA